CAUUUUCUUGCACGCUUCAAAUGACGUUGUUUGUGACGUCAUCGACGGUGCAGCUCGUGGCAUUGUAAAAAGUGUCGACGCUCACUCAGGUCGAAAAUGGCGCAAAGGUUAGCAGCAAGUGCAGUGAAGGUCAGCAGAAGUUUGGCGUCAGCCAGCCAAGCACAUGGACAAGAAACAGCAACUCGUACAUGGAAGUUAAUGAGUUUUAUAGUCGCUUUACCAGCAGUUGCUGUCCUCAUGCUGAAUGCUUUUCUGAAGCCAAGUCAUGAACCUCCUGAAUUUUUGCCUUAUGAACAUCUCCGCAUCCGCAACAAGCCUUUUCCUUGGGGAGAUGGAAAUCAUACCUUAUUCCACAACUCACACAUGAACCCAUUACCCACUGGCUAUGAGAAAUAAUACAUUAAUUAGUGGGAAUUAUAGCCUCACAAUGGAUUCAUCAUUAUGGUGCAUAAUUCAUAUUUACUGUUAUAAUUUUUAUGUUAUACUGAAAAAACAAUAAAAGACCUUGGCUGACAA